AUGAGCGCUGUCAACGAAUCACCGCACGCUCCGUCGCAAUCUGUGUGCGAAGUUGUGGCUGGCACGAAUCAAUCAAUUUUAUCGAAGAUGGUCACUUUACAUCGAGUGGAUGGCCCCCGUCUCGACUUCGUUCCCGUAGUAGCGCACGGUGGCUCCAGCGCUCGGGACAGGGAUCAGCGAACAAGUCCAACUCAAGUAGCUUCGCUUCAAUUUCGAGGGUGUAAAGGUGAAACUUCUUUUCGGGUGGUAGAUUUGCACCUGAAAGUGCCUUUUUGUGGAGAGUUUCACGAGUUUAAAGAACAGCCCCUCGUUGAGGUGGAUAGCACGUGUUCACCUGGUACAGCCAGCUGA